UUCAAUCGCAGCUCUUUACACAUAACCUCAAUCCGGCAACCUUCUUGUUGUGUAAUUCCUGAGGCACAAAACAAUAGUUAUCAGUGAAAAUGAAGAGAAUUUUCCACAGAAAUACCCAGAGAUACACAUCACUCCUAUCUCGAAUGUGGUCAGGAAACAGUGGGCAGAGUGCACCAAAGUACACAGAGGAAGACCUCAAGCGAUAUCUCACAGAAAGGUUUCCAAAAGCAGAAGAGAUUGGCGUGGCAGACAUUUCCGGAGGCUGUGGAGCGAUGUUUGAGAUUUUUGUGAAAUCUCAGGAAUUCAAGGGACUUUCUACAGUUAAACAACAUCGACUGAUAACUGAAUCUCUCAAGGAACAAAUUAAGGAUAUGCAUGGACUGAGAAUCCAUACAGAAAUUCCAGCAAAAUGAAUUUACGUGGGAAAUUUCUCACCAUAUUUCACACACUUAUUUGUACAAAAUGUAAGUUUGUUAGGAUAAAUUUUAAUAUAAACUUACCGGAACU